CCCUUAGCCAAAAUCCCCACACUUAAAUCCUCUUUUACACACUGCUUUCCUAAGUUUUUUCCCCGAAGAAAUGGUUCAGGGAAGAGGCGGUGCAAUGACGGCGGCGGUGCUGCUCUGCUUGUUGUUGAGCCACCUUGAGUUGGCUCAGGCAGCCACUUACACGGUCGGUGGAGCCGGUGGUUGGACCUUCAACACCGUCGGCUGGACCAAGGGCAAACGCUUCAAGGCUGGUGACACACUUGUGUUCAAUUACAACCCAUCAAUUCACAAUGUGGUAGCCGUAAACAAGUUCGGAUAUAGCUCGUGCACAACGCCCAAAGGAGCGAAAGUUUUCCGGUCCGGCAAGGAUCGGAUCAAGCUCGCGAAAGGCCAGAACUUCUUUAUCUGCAACUUCGUCGGACACUGCCAAUCCGGAAUGAAAAUCGCAGUCACGGCUGCCUGAUCCGAGAUAGCCAAGCCAUAUCAACAUUACGUAUUAGUGUGGUUUAUAAGCUAUGAUAUGGUAGUACUGGGGUAAUGCUUUGUUUCCAUGGUUUCCUUCUUGUACUCUCUUCGUAAUACAAUAAACUAUUUU